GCCAGACACGAUAUAAUGAGGUCCAGGGUCAUGAAAUGUGGAUCAUACCAUUCCAUCAGCUUCUGUUAUAUGAGCUCACUCUGUUCUUCCUCAUCCUCCUCCUCCUCCUCUUUCACAGCUCGUCCUGAGGUACAUCUUUUUUCAAAGAAGUCCACCAGCCCUGACUACCGCACCCUGGUGUGUUUGGCCACCGGAUUCUACCCCAAAGAUGUGUCGGUAAACAUCCUGAAGGACGGUGCGCCAUUGGCCGAAUCGGACGGGGUCGCCUCUUCGGGGGUGAGACCCAAUGGAGAGCAUAAGGAGACGUACCAGCUGAGGAAGUCGCUGGAGAUCAAGGCAUCAGACACCUCAAAGUACAGUUGCAGAAUCCACCACCGAACCCUGCCGAAUCCGAUCGAAGAAUCCUGGGAUGGAAAGUGCUGUAACUGCGACGGUGACAACACAGGCGUCAUUGUUGGUGUCGUUGUUGUUUUGCUCAUCGUCUUGGUGGCGGUGCCUGUGGGCCUGUACUUUCUGCGCAAGAAAAUGAAAGCUGCCCAAGCUCCUGUGAAUGGACUGAACCAACCUCUGACUGGGAGGGGGUCCGCUGCCUCUGGUGGACCCAAAGAAGUGGUCAAGCCCUUGAUGGUCAAUGGAGUAAACCCGGAGACAAAAGGAUCACACGACUCUUUGAAAUCAGAUGAUUCUGGGAAGGCGUCCUCUGAUGGAUCCGAAGAAGAAGUGAACGAGCCCUUGGUGGGCAAUGGAGCCACAGUUUGAAGCCGUUGAAUACGUGUGACGGGUUUGGUCUGGUGGAAAAACACAUACCUUUCCAUGCAAACCUGUUUUGAUCAGAAUUUUUUACCAUUUAAAUGAUUCUUUCUGAUAGCUGUAAGCUGUAUGCAGUAAAUUCGAAUCAUCCAGAAGCCACUCAGGAGGUUUUAACCUAAAAUUCAGAGUAAAAUGAAAUGGUGCAAUUGUACAGUGAGGUAGGUGCCAGUUAGACACCUAACCAGGUAGAAGAUCGACCUGACCACAUGUACAGCAUGAAAUAACAGCAAAUUGUACGGCUAUUUUACAGCUAUAGCAGUGCGCUUUUUAUAUUUCUUUUAAUGAUAUCAACUGACUGACUGACAGUCUAAGCAGUAAAUACUGCAUUACAUUAAGCUUAGAAUCUUCUCUUAAGCGUCAAGUUGCUUAGUACACAAUGGGCCUCAUUCACAAAACUUUUCUUAAAUUAUCGUUACUUUUGUUCUUUAAAAUGUUCCUAUAUGGGAUUCAUGACACAUUUCUGUGAAUAUCCCAGGUGUACAAGAUAAUGAAUGCUGACUGUUUGUAAAUUUUAUGUGCAACCCUGUUCAUGUGCUUAGCAUAAGGAAACAGCCAUGAACAAACACAGAUAAGAAAAGAAUUAUGAUCAAUUGUGAUCGUACACGUUUCGUGAAUGAGGUCCAAUGUGUCCUUGGAAGUGUGAGGAGAGAGAAUAGAAAGAAAUAUUUUAAUGUUUGGAGUUCAAGGUACUUGAUUUUUUGUGUUCUUAGCGGCCUUUUCAUUAUUUUAUCACAAGUAGUCACUAGUUUCCUGGCAAUUAGCAAAAUAAGUUGUGAAUGAUUUAAUUAUGAAAUUCUGCUCAAUGAAUUUGUAUUUAGGUAAGGAUUUAAAUAGAAAUUGACUGCAAUCUUGUUUCAGCCAUGUGGACUACAAACAGGUGUGUAAAUCUAAGUGAUGACGUAACUAUGCUCAGAAAAUAUGUAUUAAAAGUAAUAAUGUUUUCUAGGGAAGGUAUAUUACUUUUUUAACUUGUUCCAGAAAUUAAGUACUAAAUUAAUACCUGACCUGAAGACAGUGUAAUUGACUUUUAUUGGUAGUUCCUCACCUGUUAGCUUGUAUACUGGUGGAAUGGAGUUUGGUCUUAGAAAGCCAUCAUAACAUGAUUUCACUCAGAGAGGAAAUAAGUAAACACCUGUGAAUCUUGUAGUCUCAUCUUAAGUAAAAUCAUUUGAGUGCAGUUCUUUUCUGAAUAUGCUCAUUAUAUUGUGCUUUUUUUUCUUAUGAGUUUUGGCACAUUGCUUGUUGCAUUUAAUACCGAAGACUUCUGUCAAAAGGGGAUAUUUCUCCGGUGUGAUUUCCACUAUCCCUUUCCUUUAAAAUUAACUUUGAAACUGUGACUAUUCACAAACAAGUUGUACAGAUUAAACUGACUAUUUGGUGUUUACCUUUAUGUUUAAUAAAUCUUUAUUAAAGUGAAAUGAAAA